AUGGAAAAUGUUUUUUCAUCGUUGGCUCUGAAAAGUUUGGAAAUGGUAAUUAGAUCCCAACGAAGAUUCAAGAAGGAAGAUUCAGUAACUGCAGACUCUAGAUAUAAUGAAUUCUAUUUUUUGUGGCACGUCUUUGAGCCAUUUCUAAUGCCUCGAUCGAUCUACCUUGGUGAAAAAAGAGUGGUAAAAAGAGCAUGUUCGACCAUAGACGUAGCAACGACAAAGUGCCUAAAAGACCGACACCAUGGUGGCAACCUCUUACACUGCUAUUGCAAAGGGGAUUGGUGCAAUUUCGAGAAUUUCGAAGCACUGAAAGACAUGGAAUCAAAGGUUUAUAUACUUGAUAUGUAA